UCACACAAUGUCCUUCACAGUUUUCAGUUGAUGCUUCACCUGCAGAACUCUAUAAUUGGAACAGUAGCAGUUCCCCUGCAUUUGGAGACUUCAUGGCUCUUCUUUCCUUCAUCCUCAAUCAAAACUGCUCCCUCCAAAGGUCCCUCACUUUUGGCUUAAUUCCCUACAUAUCCUCCUCCCUCUUCUCUACUCUUUGCAGAGACCACCCCUCCUCCCCUGCCCCACCGCGGGCCUCUCCGCCGGUCCCAAAGAAAGUACCUUUCACAGUCUCAGCUCACGGCAGAACGUGGCAGGACCCCUACCGUUGGAUGUCCAACACCGACGACCCUGAUCUCUCCGACCACCUCAACCAGGAAAACUCAUACGCCGAUGCUUUCAUGGCUGACACUCGCAGCCUCCAACGAACUCUGGUCUCUGAGAUGACAAGUCGUGUGCCCACCAAGAUUUCAACCCCUCCUGAGCUUUGGGGACCCUGGUUGUAUUACCAAUACAUUCCAGAAGGGAAAGAAUACCCAGUUCUUUGUAGAAGAUUAGAAAUCAAAAAGAAAGGUUGGAUUAAGAGUUUUCUUCGCUAUGCAAGAGGAGGAUUUGGAAAGGAGGAAGUUUUGCUCGACUGGAAUGAAAUUGCCAAGAAAUAUGGUUAUGUGCAUGUUGGUACGUGUCGAAUUUCACCAGACCACCAUUUCCUAGCCUACACACUCGAUAUCAAGGGUGAUGAGCAGUUCAUUCUUCAAAUUAAGGACCUAAGACGUGGAUGUAUCAUUCCCAAAGUACAUGUUAAUGGUGUUGUUAGCUUGGCAUGGGCUCAGGAUAGCAGUACUCUGUUUUAUACACUAUCAGAUGAGAAUCAACGACCUUACAGGGUUGUCUGCUCAAAACUAGGAUCUGAUGAUAUGGAAAAUAUCACUGUGUUUACAGAAAGUGAUUCCAGCUUCUGUGUGGAUAUAACAAGCACAAAAGAUGGCAAGUUUAUAACUGUCAAUUCAAAUUCAAGGACUUCAUCUGAGGUUUAUUUGAUAGAUUCUGCCAACCCAUUAGACAGAUUGCAGAAAGUGUGGAAGCGUGUUCCUGGUGUACAGUAUUUUCUGGAACAUCAUCAUGGAAUAUUUUAUGUUCUUACUAAUGCUCCUUUGCGAGAAAGCAAGGAGUGGUCAGGUGAAGGUUAUUACCUAGCUAGAUGCCGUGUUGAAGAUAUACUGUCAUCUAAUUGGCAGAAUAUCAUCAUUCCAAGUGAAGACUUCAGCAUUCAAGACAUGGACAUGUUUGAUGGGCAUCUGGUCCUUUUUCUCAACAAGAAGGAUUGCUCCAUCUUUUGUUCCAUUGAUUUGCCUAUGGCUGUUCAUUGUAAGCAUCAAGUGAAGAUUGAAGAUCUUGAUCCCUGGUUUUUCCCUCUGCCCUCAAAUUCAUGUAGCGUUGCUCCAGGUUCAAACCAUGACUUCCAGAAUUCAGCAUACCGUGUGGUGCUUUCUUCUCCUGUGAUGCCUGAUGUAGUUGUUGACUAUGACAUGUCAACACGGAGAUUCUCAGUUGUGCAGCAAGAAGAAGUGAUCGGCUUUUGUGAUUCAAGCUCACCAGCCAAUGAGAUAGAUAUGAACCAAACUCUUGUUAAACAAAAUGAGAAGGAUAAAAAUGUCCAGAUAAGUGAAUCACAAAGAUGGAAAGACUUUUCUGGUGAAUACUGCUGUGAGAAGAGGGAAGUUAUUUCCCAUGAUGGUGUUAAAGUUCCUUUGACCCUACUGUACUCUCAUACGGCCUGGAAAAAGGGUCGGUCUCCUGGGCUUCUACACGGAUAUGGAGCAUAUGGGGAGGUUUUAGAUAAAAGCUGGUGCACUGAUCGGCUGAGUUUACUUGACCGGGGAUGGGUGGUGGCAUUUGCUGAUGUGAGGGGUAGUGGUGGAGAUUCUUCGUGGCAUAAAGCUGGAAGUCAGUUUAAUAAACUGAAUUCGAUUUACGAUUUUGUAUCAUGUGGCAACUACCUGAUUAAAGAGGGUUAUGUACAUAGCGAUCAGCUUGGUGCUAUUGGACAUAGUGCUGGAGGUCUACUUGUUGGAGCAACUAUCAAUAAGUACCCAGAUCUAUUUCGUGCUGCUAUUUUGAAGGUUCCAUUUCUUGACGUAUGCAACACUCUAAUGGAUCCCAGCUUGCCCCUCACGAUUCUGGAUUAUGAAGAAUUUGGCAAUCCUCAGAUAAAGUCCCAAUUUGAGCAUAUCUUGAGUUAUUCACCUUAUGAUAAUAUCUCUCAAGGCAGUUGUUACCCUUCAAUGCUUGUUACAGCGUCCUUUCAUGACUCGAGGGUCGGGUUUUGGGAAGCUGCCAAGUGGGUGGCCAAAGUUCGAGAUAGCACAUGUCCUCGUUGUUCUUGUUCUGUUAUUCUGAAGACAAAUAUGACCGGAGGACAUUUUGGCGAAGGUGGACGCUAUGCUCAAAGUGAGGAAACUGCGUAUGAUUAUGCUUUCCUUUUUAAAGCUAUGGGGAUGGUGAAGAAUGAAAAAUAAGGCUCACUAUGGAAGUUGGUCUCACAAGAUAGCAGUUGCAGAACUCACUCAAGUCCCAGGUAAGGAAUAAAAUGUUCUUCUUGCAAUCCUGCUAGAUGUUUACAGAAUAAGGCACUGAUUUAGUCAUUCUAGCAGUCAACGCUUGACGCUUACUUAUCUCACUAACAUAUGCAUUUAUGCAACAAACGAGAGCACUUCUGAACAAGGUAGAGCAGCUCCAGAUUGACACAGAAUGGUACGGGUUCCUAGUGCAAGCCUCUCCUUGGAUUUCUCCUCAAAUGAAGUCGAUCAGAGAUUCGCCGGCAAAGUUAUCAUCAAAGAUGAUAAAAGCUUAUCUCAGUCGAAGCAUGAAAGAGGCUCUCUCCUCAAAAGGAGUUGAUUGGAGAUUCACUGGCAAAGUCAUAUUUUAAUGUAGCAACAUUGACAUUGCAAAUGGAUUCAUGGCAUUAUUAUUUGAUUGCAAUCCUUGACCCACAUAUAUAAAGACUAGAGAUGCAUUUUUCUUCGGGUAGAAAUUUUGAAUUUUGAAGGAACGUUCUGAUUAUGGUC